AUCAUAUGGCAACAACCAAGCUGUCAAUUUGCAAACACCUCCCUUCACCGCAAGAGGUCAUACAACAAAGGAAUUAAUUGCGAAACUCCACACCUUUGACAGUUGGCGCCAAAACAAGCGUUCUGCUGUCAAUUGCAUGUUGCAGAGAAAUUCACAAACGCGAAAUACAUUCAUACCAAAGGAACUUCGAGCUCAUUCAAAAAGUAAAAGUCAUAAGAAGCGGUUAAGGAAAAGAUAUUCCACCGAUUUGUAUAUUUCAAUAUUUCUUAAGUGUAAAUAUCAACAGUAUAAAAUAACACAAAAUGUUUGAGGCUCGUUUGAUCAGUGCCACCAUUCUCAAGAAAAUCUUGGAUGCCAUCAAAGAUCUGCUAAAUGAGGGCACAUUUGAUUGCAGCGACUCGGGUAUACAGCUACAAGCUAUGGACAACUCCCAUGUAUCCCUGGUCUCGCUUACCUUACGCUCCGAUGGUUUCGAUAAAUUCCGCUGUGAUCGCAACAUUUCCAUGGGCAUGAAUUUGGGUAGCAUGGCCAAAAUUUUGAAGUGUGCCAACAAUGAUGAUACAGUUACCAUAAAAGCCCAAGAUAAUGCCGAUACGGUAACCUUUAUGUUUGAGUCACCCAACCAUGAAAAAGUCUCGGACUAUGAAAUGAAAUUGAUGAAUCUCGAUCAGGAACAUUUGGGUAUUCCAGAAACUGAUUAUUCGUGUGUGGUACGCAUGCCUUCGAUGGAGUUUGCACGCAUCUGCCGUGAUUUGGCUCAAUUCAGUGAAUCCAUGCUCAUCUGUUGCACCAAGGAAGGUGUAAAGUUUUCUGCUUCCGGUGAUGUGGGCUCUGCCAAUGUUAAAUUGGCCCAAACCUCCAGUGUGGAUAAGGAAGAAGAGGCAGUUAGUAUUGAAAUGCAGGAACCCGUAACCCUUACCUUUGCCUGUCGUUACCUGAAUGCCUUCACAAAGGCCAGCCCUUUGUCGGGACAAGUACAAUUGUCCAUGUCAGCAGAUGUACCUUUGGUGGUUGAAUAUCGUAUACAGGAUUUGGGUCAUAUACGUUAUUAUUUGGCGCCUAAAAUUGAAGACGAUGAAAGCUAAAUAUGCACUAAACUCGCUUGAGUCUUGGGUAUUGCAAGCGAACUUCAAUCAAUUAAACUUGAAUCACAGCUUAUAUUUUAUAUUCACUAAGCCCAUAGCCUGGGAAAUUCAUGCACCACCACUAUACUGAAAAAUAGAACAUCCAAAAUCGUAUAUUUGUUAUGUAUAUCUAAUCUAAGGCUUUCAAUAUAUGAAGUCGAUUAUAA